AUGAACUACAGAAUGACUAGUGCUAUCAGCCUUGUUGUGGUCGCCCUGCUCUUCUCUUCACUUCUCACUGCCAGUGCUCGCCAUGUGGUGACGCUCAAGAACAUCAGAGGGCGUGUGGCUGGUGAUGCUGCAGGAAAGGCGCCAGACCCCGUCGUUGUGAACGCCGGCGGCUCACGGCCGCUAAGAGCGGUGGAGACAUGGGGCGUGACGAAGCACCACCACCGGGAUGCGGUGGCCGAGAUGAACACCAUGCUCAGCAGGGACUACACAUCUCGCGCGACCCGCCGUAAGCCGGUCCACAACGACGAGCCGCUGGAGGAUGAGCCCUAA